AUGUCCGAGAUCGACUACUUCCAGCGGCUGACCGAGGUCUUCACCUUCGACAACACGCCCCUCCUAGUGGGCGCAUGCGUCAGCAACAUCGUCGGCUACAUCCAGUACGCCUAUGUCGUCCGGCUCACCCACCGCGAAGGAAGGAACCCAAUGCCCUACUGGAUGCACUCAUUCUACCUGGCCCACGACUCGUCAUGGUCGUACAUCCUGGCAAAGGCGGCGCCCUCGUACGGCAACCACUGGUUCCUGAGCGGCAUGUCGACGGCGCUCCUCGUGUGGACGUUCCUGGAGGCCUGGACCAUGUACAAGAGCAUCACCACCGACCGCGAGCUCAACUUCGCCCCGGUCCUCGGCAGGAACCCGAGCCUCCCGGCGGCGGCGGCGUACGCGGCGGCGCACCUCGCGGCCAUGUACGCCCUCAUACACGUCGUGAUCCUGCUGUUCCCCACCGGCGGCGUCCUGCACUGGUGCCUCCUGACCAACGUCCUCAUCGCGACCGGCCCGCUGCACCACAACCUGCGCGCCGGGUCGAGGCAGGGCCUCUCGCUGGGCUACUCCCUCGUCUGCAUCUUCGGGACCUUCUGGACCUUCUCGCCCUUCGGCCUCUUUGUCAAUGCCCUCCCGGAGCUGUUUGACACCCCCGUGUUUUAUGCCGUCGGCGUCGUCUUCACCAUCUACUGCGCCGGGUGCUUCUACGUGGUCGCGCAGUACCCGCCAAAGACGAGGGCCAUGACCAAGGGGGGCAAGGAGCCCAUCUGGUGAUGAUGUUGUUGAUGAUGAUCACACACGUGGGCUUGAGAGCAAGGGGCUGUCUGCAGGACUGCGGGACUGUAGAACGAAGCUUGUUGAUGUCUACUACCGGUAGCCUUGUCUGCGCGGCAUGAGGCUGACGCCACGUACCUACACGCGUAUUGUAUUCUCUUUGUACUGUUAUUGGAAUUGUGUGUGGUUGUUUUUUUUAGCGUUUACCACGGUAUGAAAAAGCUUCAUACUUUUCAUAUGUAUACUGAUUAGGAACAAAACCAC